UAUAAUUAAACAAAUAACAAAAAGACAAAAAAAAAGAGACAUAUCCGAAUCUAAUAGAAGUAGACGAAUUACAAGAGAGAGGAGAGGAUGAAGGCGAUCUCAGACUUCCAUGCUUCUUCUUCUUCUUCUUCUUCCCCUCUUCGUUCCCUUCCCAGCUUCUCAUCGUCCUUCUUCGUGUUAGCUUGAACGAGAGAACGACGUCGUUCGCCUACGAUAAGAUCUUACGUACACAUUCAAAUCCAGAGAUGAAGGGAAGAGAUGUAUACUGAUAGCUACACGGACACGCGAUCAAACAUGAACCGAGGAUCCAAUGCCGCCGAUCUCGAGGAUCGAUUCCAGAGAGAGCUCGAAUCUCUCCUGCAACAGCAUCGCAACCACCAAACAUUCGGCUCGCAACGAGGAGACCGAGACGUCGUCGCCGAUGUGCACAGAAGCGGAAGCGCGCCGCCGACGGUGGAAGGUUUGUUGAGAGCCAUGGAUAAUCAAUACUUAAUGAACACCAACGCUGAUUACAUCAGAGACGCUGCGAACGUCGGCGUCGAGCUUUUAUCCGACGACGAGUUGCGUUGGCACCCUGCGUAUUUAUCGUACUACUACUCGAACGAGCACUCGAACCCGAGGCUGCCGCCUCCGUUGCUGUCUAGGGAGGAUUGGAGAGUUGCUCAGAGGUUUCAUAAUGGUGAGACGGUGUUUGAUCCUGUUGGGGAGUGGAGGAAGAAAGGUGAGAACAGCAACAGCAACAGCAACAACAACUCCUCGUCGUCGCUAUUCUCUGUUCAGCCUGGUGUUGAGCAGGCGGAGAGUGAUUUGAUGGAGCUGAGGAAUGCUGUAGCGCAGGGACGCUCUCAGAAGACGGCUGUGCAGAGGCUAGAUCCUGGGCUUGGGCCCAGAAGGAAGAGUUUCGCUGAUAUACUUCAGGAAGGACUUGACAGAGAUGCAGCCUUACGCAGCCAGCUUUCUCGGCCUGCGAGUUGCAACACUUUCCGCGACAUGAACGAUCCUGCUGUCUUAACGAAUUUUAGUCCGGGUGGAUUCGACAGCCCAUUAGCAUUCCAUGAGUCUUUACAUUCCGCUGGACAGAACACUCCAAAUGCUAUGCUGGGAUCUAACAUGAGUUCUCCGGUGCCAAGGAAUAGAACUCCUGAGUCACAUCUAGUAGGGCGAGCGUCGGCCUCUGGUUUGCCCCCUAUUGGAACAAGAGUCGGUCCUGUCGAGAAGAAGAAUACGUUUGGCUCAGCCAUCCACACUGCUGCUGAUGUUGCUGACACGCUGUCGAGGUUGAACAUGGCAGAGAUGAAUCAAGUCAAAGAUAACCUUAUGCAGUCCCAGAUUCAGGUGGAAUUGGAGAAUCAAUCUGAUGUCAUGCGUUACAUACCCAAUGGUCAUAAGAAGGCUCUGCGUCAACAGGGUAUUGGUAUGACAGAGUCAAACGAUCAGUUAUUUUCUUCAAAUUAUGGUGGAGUUAUGAGUGGUUAUGGAACAAGCCUUGGUGCUUCUACGGUGGCUUCCCACGGACAGGUCAACAUCCCUAAACGAGCCUCCUCUUCGGCGAGUCUAUACUCAACUUCAGACCGCUCUAGAUUAGGAAGCCUGGGCUUAUCUGAUAAUAUUCAGAAUGCAAAUGUUAAUGGAAUGGACUUCUCCACAGCUGGUGGUUAUUUGGUAAAUAACAAGUUGAAUUCACUAGCUGAGCACUAUUCCCCUGAAGGCUCACAUUUGAAUGGGGAAGGGGAUAUACAAAACUUGAAUAGAUUGAUAAACCAAGCUGCUGCUGAGCUUCAUUCUCCAAUUAUGGACCCUCAUUACAGCCAGUAUCGGCAUACGGCAUCAGCUACUGGUGCACCAAGUGAUCAUCCUCUUCUUAGAAACAAUCUCGGGACAUCAAAUGGAGAUACAGCUAAUGAGUAUCUCGCGAUGUUACUUGCUCAGCAGAGGCAUCAGCUGGGUAAUCUCAGUGCUGCAAAUUCCAGAUUGUUUGAUAAUCCUCCAUAUGAUCUUGGCAGCAUGUAUCUGGGAAACCAUUUACCUUCUCCUUCCAAGAAUUCAAGAAACCUCCAGAACAUGCGAAUGUCACAAUCUGCUGCCUCAAUGAUGAAAAUCCCCCUUGGAGGAUUACCGGGAUCUUCCCAUGUAGAUAUCGGCAGCGCAACGGAAGCAUCAUUACUAGAAGGGUUCAAGAACAACAAGACAAGGUCUUUGGAGCUUUCAGAAAUAGUUGGGCAUGUGAUUGAGUUCAGCAUGGAUCAAUACGGAAGUCGUUUCAUUCAGCAAAAACUUGAGACUGCAACAGAUGAGGAAAAGAAUGCAAUAUUCCCUGAAAUACUUCCUUAUGGUCGCACUUUAAUGACAGAUGUCUUUGGAAAUUAUGUCAUUCAAAAGUUUUUUGAGCAUGGUACAAACAAACAGAGAAAAGAACUCGCUGAACAAGUUACUGGCCACGUUUUGGCUCUCUCUCUACAAAUGUAUGGCUGCAGGGUUAUCCAAAAGGCGUUGGAGGUGGUUGAUGUUGAGCAGCAAGCUCAAAUGGUGCGAGAGCUUGAUGGGUCUGUCUUGAAAUGCGUUCAUGAUCAGAAUGGUAAUCAUGUGAUCCAGAAGUGUAUUGAGCGUCUUCCUCAGGAAUGCAUACAGUUCAUUAUUUCCUCAUUUUAUGGGAAAGUCUUAGCUCUUUCAACACACCCUUAUGGAUGCCGUGUUAUCCAGAGGGUACUGGAGCAUAUUGAUGACAUAGAAACCCAACGGAUCAUUAUGGAGGAAAUCAUGAACUCAGUCUGCACUCUAGCUCAAGAUCAGUACGGGAACUAUGUUAUUCAGCAUAUCAUACAACACGGUAAACCACACGAACGGACAGAAAUUAUCAAUAAGCUUGCUGGGCAGAUUGUGACGAUGAGUCAACAGAAAUUUGCUUCUAACGUUGUUGAAAAGUGCUUAACGUUUGGCGGUCCAGAGGAACGCCAGGUUCUAGUGAAUGAGAUGCUUGGCUAUACUGAUGAAAACGAGCCUCUUCAGGCGAUGAUGAAGGAUCCAUUCGGGAACUACGUAGUGCAGAAGGUUCUUGAAACAUGCGAUGAUCAAAGCCUUUCACUCAUUAUUUCUCGCAUCAAAGUCCACUUGAAUGCCUUGAAGCGAUACACAUAUGGGAAACACAUCGUUGCCCGCGUUGAGAAACUUAUCACCACUGGAGAGAGAAGAAUCGGGCUCUCGUCAUCUCUAGCUGCAAAUGCUUCUCCUUAGCCAUGUAAGUAAACCUCAAGCUCAUAACACAACCAGAGAAAGAGGGGAUAAUUUGAUGAACAGAGAGCUAUAUAUGUACAGCCUAACUAAGCAAAGCACUGGUUCAUGUUUAUAUUUAUAAUUCUGUAAAUAAAAAAGAGGGUUUUAGAUUUAAGUCAGUAAAUAAAAUGUAUUUUGGAUCUCCACUGGCUUAAGUUUAGACCUCCUUUUGGGUGUGUAAAAAGUGAAAGCAUUGCUGUUUUAUUAUGUAAAGCAAUGCUUGCUUAUCUUUAGGUCUUAUUAUCUACACAUAAGGACAAUGUAAAUAUCUUGAGGCUUUGCUCCCCAAGAGUUGCGAUAUUUAUUGUUUUAAGCACUUAAGUUUUUGAA